AUGUCGUCCACCAGCAACGCCUCCAUUGACAAGUUCAACGGAGACAAUUACGCAACGUGGAGCCGGUACAUGCGCGGUGUGUUUUUGACGAAGUCCGUCUGGCACGUUGUCAACCGUGAAGUGACUCCGACUUUCACCGACCCGCGAGCGUCCGAUGACUACGUCAAGGCAAGCAACGUCGCGUUUGGUAUGAUGCUGCUGCACAUGAACGCGGACUACCAUCAUGUGCUGGACAACUGCGAGGAAGCCUGGGUUGCGUGGACAAGUCUGAAGACGCUGUACGGUGGGUCGCAGAAGGCAGGACGCAUCUACCUCAAGCGACAACUUUUCAGUAUCAAGAUGGCUGAAGGCGCGAACGUCAUGCAUCACUGCAACGAGGUCCUCAACAUCUCCGCCAAGCUUAGCGGCAUCGGUGCGAAGAUGGAAGACGAAGACGUUGCAAUUUGUCUGCUACUCAGUCUUCCGAAGAGCUACGAAAAUGUGGUGCUCAACAUGGAAAUGAGCAGCACCGAGCUUCGCACUCAAGAUGUGGUGAGAGUCCUGACGAAUGAGCAUGCCAAGCGUCAAGGAGAAAAAGGGACAACGACAGCGACUACGGUGAAGGCUGAAGAUGCAAGCAAGGCAUUCAGCGCCGAGCGUGAGCCCUACCAAUGCACGUAUUGUGGCAAGGUGGGACACACGGUGGAUCGUUGCUGGACAAAGCAGAAGAACGAAGGCAAUGGCUACGAUCGAGUGGCGUUUGCAGUCUCGUUCGAAUGUGGAGUUUCGACGAGCAAGGACGUGUCUGGAAUGUGGGCCGUCGACAGUGGUGCAACGCACCACAUUUGCCACGACAAGACCAAGUUCGCAAGUUUGGCAGAGCGCAAUGAGGGCGAACUCUUGGUGGCUGAUGGCAACAAGGUGGCCAUCAAGGGUGUGGGAACCAUCAUGGAAAAGGUGGUUCUGCCCAACGGUGAAGAGCGUGAGAUCGAAAUCAAGAACGCGCUAUAUGUUCCAAGUAUGAGCAAGAACCUGCUCUCGGUGCCACAGAUUAACAGCCAUGGCAAGUUUCAAGUCGUGUUUGACGGGUCCAAGAUGUAUGUGACUCUCAAGAACUCACAGCAAGUGGUGGCGACAGCGGAUCUCGUGGAUGGACUCUACUGGCUUCCGGACGACUCAACGAUCAGCGAAUGUGACAACAAGUGGAACCAGUUGUGCCGAUCUACAUGCGAGAAUGGGUCAUGCUCCAGUCGAUGUACUUCGCAAGAUGAUCGCGACCAACAUGAUCAAGGAUGUGCGAGUCCCUCUCAAGUCGGGUGGAGCAACUACAUGUCGAGGAUGUCAACAAGGGAAAAUGGUCAAAAACCAUUUCCAAGCAACCGAGACAAGCGCAGCUACGAUACGUUUGAGCUACUUCAUCUGGACAUCUGCGGGCCCAUGGAAAAGGAUUCGCUCGGUGGCAGCAAAUAUUUACUGCUGAUCAUCGACGAAGCCAGUGGAUGCAUGAAGGGCUUUUGUCUACGAGUGAAGUCCGAGAGUGAAGACUACAUCCGGAAAUAUAUCACCAUGGUACAGACGCAAUUCUGUAAGAAGGUCAAGUUCGUGCGACACGACGGAGCUCGCGAGUUUGCAACCAACUCGCUUCAACUGUUCUACGAAGACGAAGGCAUUGAACAGCAGACAACGGUGCCGUAUGCACAUCAAACAAACGGAACAGCAGAGCGUGCCAUUAGGACUAUUGUCACGAUCGGCCGCAGCAUGCUUCAUCAUGCCAAACUGGACAAGUGUUUCUGGGCCGAAGCAGCGAUGACGGCCAUCUACGUCAAGAAUCGACUGCCGUCACCUAAAGUCUGA